AUGGAUGCUGCCAAUGAGACUUCAGAAGGAGCCGCAUUCACCCUACUGGGACUAACAACAAGUCCUGGACAGCGGCGGCCUCUCUUUGUCCUAUUUUUGGUCCUGUAUUUGGGGGGCAUCCUGGGUAAUGGACUCAUUGUGGCCAUCAUCCGAGCCAGUCCAACCCUUCAUGCACCCAUGUACUUCCUGCUGGCCCAUCUGUCCUUUGCUGACCUCUGCUUUACCUCCGUCACUGUACCCAAGCUGUUGGCCAACCUGAGCCAUGACCGCUCCAUCUCCCUGGCUGGCUGCCUGACCCAAAUGUACUUCUUCUUUGCCCUGGGUGUAACUGACAGCUGCCUCCUGGCUGCCAUGGCCUAUGACCGCUACGUGGCCAUCCGGCACCCCCUCCACUAUGCCACGAGGAUGUCCCGGGCUGUGUGCACAGCCCUGGUGGGGACUGCGUGGCUCGUGUCCCGUGUCCACUCCCUCCUGCAUAUCCUGCUUAUGGCCAACCUGUCCUUCUGUGCCUCCCACCAAGUGCCCCACUUCUUCUGUGACCACCAGCCUCUCUUAAGGCUCUCGUGCUCUGACACCCGCCACAUCCAACUGCUCAUCUUCACUGAGGGUGCCGCGGUGGUAGUCACUCCCUUCCUGCUCAUUCUCGCCUCCUGCGGGGCCAUCGCAGCUGCGGUGCUCCGGCUGCCCUCAGCCACAGGGAAGCUCCGGGCUGUGUCCACCUGUGGCUCCCACCUGGCCAUGGUGGGCCGCUUCUACGGGACAGUCAUUGCUGUCUACUUCCAGCCCAUGUCCCGAUAUGAGGCCGAGCGGGGCCGAGUGGCCAGCGUCAUGUACACUGUCAUCACGCCUAUGCUGAACCCUGUCAUCUACAGUCUCCGGAAUCACGAUGUGCAGGGGGUGCUCAGAGCCCUUUUCACUCGGCAAAAGAUCUCAGCUGGUGACUCCUGA